CUCGCGCGCAGCUGUGUCGGAGGGACGCGCGCGGCCCGGGCUCUUCUCUCGCGAGGAUCGACGCCGUUAUCGGAAUUUGUUCAAACAACACGAGAAUUCAUCAUCCGCACGUGUUUGGGUCUAAAAUGUCGGGGCAGGAGUUGGACCAGAUCGUUCAAAUCACAGUGGAAGACUUUGACCAGGACGGCCGCACAGAUCUGCUGGAAAAUGAGAACGAAGACGACGACGAAAGGCCUCAGAGAAAAAAGAAAAAAAUAAGCCAAGAAAACGACAUAAGUUUUCUUAAGAACUAUUUGAUCUCGUUCACCACAUCAGUGAAUCAGAGGCUGGAGGGCAUCGAGUCCAAGUUGUUGGCGCUGGAUGCCACGUGCAAAGCUCUCGGGCGAAAGCUGGACUUCCUGGUGCCCGGAGCCAAGAGCCCCAUCCAGGUGCCCAUGGUGGCCGGGUCGCCUCAGGGAGCCACGCAGACCUGGAACAAAGUCAGAUG